AUCAUAAGGUUAACAUGAGCCGUGUAAAUCUCUCGAGGUAACUUCCACACCCGUACCGCGUACCGUACGUACCUGUACCAAAGAAGCUGAGAUAAAUCAUGGCUCUCUCAAAAUCAGCCAACACCUACAACAGGCAAAACUGGGAACAGUCAGAGUUUCCGCUGCUGUGUCAGACCUGCCUCGGAGACAACCCUUACAUACGAAUGAUCAAGGAUAGCUACGGUGACGAGUGCAGGAUCUGUGCCCGGCCCUACACUGUGUUCCGAUGGUGUCCUGGUGCUAAGAUGCGCUACAAGAGAACAGAGGUCUGCCAAUCAUGUGCCCAACUCAAGAACGUGUGUCAAACCUGUCUCCUUGACCUCGAGUAUGGCCUCCCUGUACAGGCUAGGGACAGUGUUCUCAAUGUCACAGACACUCUCCCCAAGAGUGACGUAGGCCGAGAAUAUUAUCUGCAGAAUAUGGAACAAAAGAUUGCUGAGAGUGGGCGGGCAGAGCCAGGGGGUGGUGGGGGGAAAGCCCCUAAUGAUCUGCUGCUCAAGAUGUCGCGUACUGGACCGUACUACAAACGCAACAGACCUCACAUUUGCUCAUUCUGGGUCAAGGGAGAGUGCAGUCGUGGAGAGGAGUGUCCCUACAGGCACGAGAUGCCGACAGAUCCAAAUGACCCACUGUCCAAUCAGAAGAUCAAGGAUCGUUACCAUGGCGUGAAUGACCCGGUGGCUGAGAAGCUUCUCUCCAGUGCCCAGGACCUGCCCACUCUGUCACCACCUGACGAUAAGACAGUCACCAGCCUCUAUAUAGGAGGAAUUGAUGAGUCAUUCAACCAAUCAGAUCUCAGGGACCAGUUUUAUGCAUUUGGAGAGAUCAUGUCUAUUCACAUGGUGACCAAGUCUCGUUAUGCCUUUGUCACAUUCUCCACUAGAGCAGCCGCAGAGAAAGCUGCUGACUCAACAUUUAAUAAACUCAUUGUUAAAGGGCGCAGACUCAAGGUGUUGUGGGGAAAGGCCCAGACCACCCCCUCCCUUGGGGUCAAGGGUCAACAGACACUAGCCCCUGUACCAGGACUGCCAGCAGCCCCGCCUCCUUUGCCCUUUGACCCCUUUGGCCUGAGCUCCAAGGCGACUCCCCCUCCUCCUCCUGGGGGGUUUCCCCCACCACCACGUCCACCACAAAUAUCACAUGUACUGGGAUCCCACCCACCACACGUGUCACAACUACUCGGACCACCACCACCGCCACCAGGAUUCCCUCCUCCUGCUGGCGGGUACUACCCACCACCACCAUCGAGGGGAUUUCCCCCACUAGGGCCACGCCCACCUACGCUCCACUAUCCCUCUCAGAGUCCACUCCAUCUCGGGGCAAAGAAAUAACCUCUCUAUUGUAUUGGACUAGAGAAAUGGACUGCUAGUAAUAACAUAAUACUAAUAACUAUUAUUUCCACUCGUACUUGUAUUUCUGAUCAUGUGAACUGUGCACAUGAAAUUGCAAUUGACCUAAUCAUUAAUUAUGAGCUGAAGAA